UUGUGUGCUUCGUUUCCGCACUGUCAUUAUUUCCGUUUCCACUCCGUGGAAAGUUAUGCCGAUUUGCGAAUAGUAGCUGUUUCACAGCGGAGAGUAGGAGCAUCUCAGUGAACUUUAUUCGGGAACAGAAGAGUUUCAUCGGCGUGAUCAUGGGGGACAUCGAGGCUCAGGAGAAUAACCGAUCACGACAGACCAUAUUCCAUUCUCUUCUCGCGAGUAAAGAAUUCAUCACCUCCCGGAAAGGACUACUGCUGCUCGGUGAAGUGGUGAUGUCGUUCAUCAGUUUUGUAUGCUUUGCUGCUUCAACAGCAGCUGCCUUCGUCACAGCUCCCUUAAUAGAGUUAUUGGCUGCCCUCUUCUUGCUGUUUGCUUAUUCUACAAAGUUCAAUGAGAGAUUUAAGGGCUUUCACUGGCCCCUCAUGGAUUUCCUGCGCUGUGUCAGCGCUUCCAUCAUCUUUUUCAUCAUCUCUAUAAUAUCUGUGUCAAAAUAUGUGGAUGGAGCCUCAAAGGCCGCUGGGGUCUUUGGCUUCAUUACCACAAUAUUCUUUGCCCUGGACUUUUAUUUCAUUUUUAAUGAACUGGCCAACUUCCUCAAGGGAGGUGAUUCCAGUGAAGAGCCACCAAACACACAAGAUGAUGACUCGGACUCCGACUCUGACUAAAGCUGUGUCCAAAAACCUGGUGUGUGACCACUACAGUGCCUGACAACCAAAACAGACUUUGGUAUAACCUUAUAUUGUUUGUUUGAAAUUUUGGGUAUGCUUUUUGUCAGUAGAAUUAAGCAGUCUAUUUCAAAUGUCACAUCACAGAAUAGAAGCUACAGAGUUUUCAGUAAUCUUUGUAUAUACAUGCGUCCAUGCAAUCUAAGCCUCUCUCAUUUGAUUUUCCCAAAGCUGUGAAUUAUUCCAGUAGCAUUGCUUCACAUCAGUCAAGCUUGAUGACUGCUUUUGGAAGAAAGGGCAGUAUUGUACCAUUUAUGAUGUUUAUGUACUGCCUCUUACAGCUUAGGUCUACUUCUAGUAUGAUUGUGUGUGUGGUCACUUUCAGUUCAGAUUUUGCAAUAUGUACGAGUGUUUUUUUAAUGUGUCUAUAUUUGGGAGCUGUGUGUAUAUGUUUACUAAUUAGAACUAUUCUGAGAGAAUAUUUUCUCAAAAUAUGUUCUCUUAAAUUCUCUUUUAAAAAAUUAUGCAUGAUUUGGUGAUGAAGCCCUGUAUUGGGAAUAAUAAGUUUUAAUGUUUAAUGCUUUGUAGCAAUAAAAUAAGUUUACAUCAUGUAUGAAAUUAGCAGGUGGUUGGCUGGCCAAAGUCACCUGUCUUAUUUCCACAGGUCUACACAUUGGUGUUAGUCUUUUAAUGCUGAAGUAAAACCAAUGUCUUGCCAAAGUACUGCAAAAAAAAAAGCAGGAUUUGUCUUAUCAUGCUCACCUAGAGAUGUACUAUUCUUACAGUGCCACUCUUCUGCUAUUGAACCUGUUAUAUAAACGUGAGCUUCAGCAGUGCAUACAGGAGCAUCUCCUGGUUUACUAUAGUAUUCUCAGGCAUGCUGCAUGUAACCACAUGUAAACCACCUUCUAGUGUUUCUAUGAAGAGUGGAUCUGCUUUAAGGACUCUUUUGGAAACAUGCACUGUCAGAUUGCCACAUCAAUAAAUAAUUUUG